AGCCAAGUAUAUUUGCACGACUCUGCAACCUACUAUUCUCUCACAUUAGAACCAAAUUAACAUAACCCAUCAAAAUGCAGGCAUCGUCGUAUCUUGCACCACCAUUACCCUUGCCUCCUAUCACAACCACCAAAUUUUUGGCCUUGCCAUGUAGGCCCAUGCCAAGACUACAGACUUCUCGAUGUACCGCUAUCAGAGCAACUGGGGACCCUUCAGCAGUUGAUUACAGCUCCACAACCUCUGUUUUUCCAGCUGAGGCUUGUGAGACAGUUGGGGGAGAAGCUUGUGAUGCUGAAAUAUACCCUGAAGUGAAGAUUAAACCAGAGGCUAAAAGCAACACAGCCAGGACUUCUUCAGAGGCUGUUGAACGAGAGUAUUUUGAGUACAACGAGCCAAAGACGGUGUUCCCAGCAGAGGCUUGUGAUGAUCUUGGAGGAGAGUUUUGUGAACCUGAUUAUCAAAAAGGAGUUUACUAAAAAAAUCCGAUUCACAACUACACAUAAACAAAGGGAAGUAUGUGAUGCGGAUAUAUAAGGGUCAUCUUCUAUUUUCCUUUCUUGGUUUUGUUGUUGAUGUUCUUGUAUUGUGUAUCUUGUGAAUAAUUGUAACUUGGCAGUGUAUGUAACUAUGAAUAAUGAUGCACUCGACUUGGAAGCUAAUUAUGUAACUUUCUUUCAGCAGAAUAAUAUCAUGGAUGAGUCAAAUGAACA